GUUACCAACAUCACGUCUCUGUCUCAUGUUCCUCCGUUCCAUAACAAUAUCAGCUCCCCUUCCCCCGGCCAACUUUGACGCUGCGUCAAUUGUUCGUGACUUACUGACCGUUGCAAUUCUACAACAAUCGCAGAUCUGAAAUUCGUUCAUCUCGACGGAAUCGUAUUGAAUUAGGUCUAUAUCCAAUUAUCCAUCGCAAUGUGUUAUGUAUGUAUGUGAAUUUGAAUAAAAUAUGGAUUCAAUGUCGAUCCGUGUGCCCUACAAAAACCUCAGGAAUGAUGCAGACGCGGAGGUUGAAAUAAUGAAAUUCGAAGAGGAAGCUAAUCGACGCAUGGAAUCCGAUACUUCUAAUGUAUUUCCCCAUGGAAUUGCCUCAAAUUCUUCUUCUCCGUCGCAAGGACCACCGACCAACAAUUGUAGCUUGAUUACGUUGAUUUUGAGUUGUACUGUUGCCGCCGGUGUUCAAUUUGGAUGGGCCCUGCAACUCUCGCUUCUAACGCCUUACAUUCAGACACUUGGAAUAGGGCAUGCAUUCUCUUCCUUUAUCUGGCUUUGUGGUCCUAUUACAGGUCUUGUGGUUCAACCUUGUGUUGGCAUUUGGAGUGACAAAUGCUCUUCAAAAUAUGGAAGAAGACGACCAUUUAUUUUAAUCGGAUCCCUCAUGAUAUCACUUGCUGUCAUAAUUAUCGGGUUUUCUGCAGACAUCGGGUACUUCCUCGGAGAUACAAAAGAACAUUGCAGCACAUUCAAAGGUACUCGUACAAGAGCAGCUUUCGUAUUCAUCUUAGGAUUUUGGAUGUUGGACCUUGCCAACAACACAGUUCAGGGCCCUGCCCGAGCUCUUCUCGCUGAUUUAGCAGGCCCUGAUCAAAGAAACUCAGCAAAUGCUAUAUUUUGCUCAUGGAUGGCAAUUGGAAACAUUUUAGGGUUUUCAUCUGGUGCUAGUGGAAAUUGGCAUAGAUGGUUCCCUUUCUUGACAAACAGAGCUUGUUGUGAGGCUUGUGGAAAUCUAAAAGCAGCCUUUUUAGUUGCAGUAAUUUUUCUUACGUUUUGCACAAUGGUGACACUCUACUUUGCGAAAGAGAUUCCAUUAGCACCAAAACAGCAUCUCAGAUUAUCAGACGCUGUCCCUCUUGUCGAGGAUCCACCGCAUCACGACCAUAGUCCUGACCACACCGAAUCAAAACCCCGGAAAAACGCAGUCCACCACAAAGUCGGAAACAUGCCCGAAAGUGUUUUCGAAUUAGACACCAAUGACAGAAACGCUGACUCAGCAGCUAAAGAUCAAGUCGAGACUUUUAGCGACAGUCCAGGAGCUGUCCUGGUCAACCUUUUGACCAGCUUACGCCAUUUACCAUUAGGAAUGCACUCUGUCCUUCUCGUAAUGGCCCUUACUUGGUUGUCGUGGUUUCCUUUUUUUCUUUUUGAUACAGAUUGGAUGGGUAGAGAGGUGUAUCAUGGUGACCCAAAGGGGAGUGCUAUUGAAAUCAAAGCUUAUGAUGAAGGUGUAAGAGAAGGUGCAUUUGGUUUGCUAUUGAACUCAGUAAGACCUCAAAAAUCAAAAUCAAACACCAAUAAUAAUGUGGUUCUUGGUAUAAGUUCGUUUCUAAUCGAGCCGAUGUGUCUGUGGAUCGGUUCGAAAUAUUUAUGGGCAGUAAGCAAUUUUAUUGUGUUUGCUUGCAUGGCGGGAACUGCAAUUAUUACUUUAAUUUCUUUAGGGGAAUCACAAGGGAUCGGAGGAAAUGAAGCAAUAAAAAAUGCUUCUUUGGUUGUGUUUGCCAUUCUUGGCCUUCCUCUUGCUAUAACUUACAGUGUUCCCUUCUCUAUGACCGCAGAUCUAACCGCUGAUACAGGUGGUGGCCAAGGAUUGGCGAUUGGGGUUUUGAAUCUUGCAAUUGUAAUACCACAGAUGAUUGUGUCACUUGGUGCGGGCCCAUGGGACGCGUUAUUUGGUGGAGGGAAUGUCCCGGCGUUUGUUCUUGCUUCUGUAAGCGCUCUUGCUGCUGGGAUUAUAGCAACUUUAAAGCUUCCAUCUCCAAACAAUUCCUAUAAACCAAUAGGAGGCUUCCAUUUUGGAUGACAACAUUAACAUUUUAACAAUAACAUUUUGUACAAAAUUCCACCUCACCACAAAGAAAUAUAAGUCUAUAACAUAUAUAGUUAAUUAGCUCCA